AUGACGUCAUAUUCGCACCUGCAGCUCAAGUCGGUCGACGAAAGUCUGUUGCACCAGCCUCUGUGCCUGCCCCAGCCGGAUGAUAGCACGCUGCUGUCGACAUCGACCUUCCAGGACCUCUCAAAGCAGCGCAUACAGUUUUUUAGCGCAUCUCAGUGGAAGAACCUAGUAUCAGGCCGGCAGCAGCGCUCUUACCCUUGUGUGGUGUCGUCGCAGAGCCCCACGAGCAAAAGAGAAAAAGAUCCGACGACGCGCACAAGUGGCAAAAUUAGCGAGGAAGCACUGCAACCGGCAUUAGGAAGAGUUGGCGAGACUGAAAAAUCAAUGCAAAUGCUUAAAGAGCAGAUGGCCAUCUUGACACACCACAAAGGAUCUAGCUCGCUCAUUGGCACCAAGAGGGCGCAGAAAGUCACUACACAACACCGUAGACGUAAGAAAGUGAACGAGGUGCAAAAUGAAGAAGAAACGAUGGAUGAAGGUGUUGUUAUCGUGUCAAGAUCUCUUCGCACAAAUCCUUACCCCAAUACGAGUACCAUGGCUUACCUGUUGCCGCAUUAA